UCUUUUCUUUUUCUUAUGUGGUGAGAUUCCUACAUCCCUCUGAGUACACAACAUUGUGAGCUACGCUUCUCUGCGAAAGAUGCAAUCUUGGACGCAAGACUACGGAUCCUGGUGUGCGAGCUGGUUCGGCAGCAGCGAUGGCGAUGCAGGAGAUCCAUUAUUAUCUUGUACCGAUGAUCAUGGAGCUUAUGAUGACUCAUACUACUUGACUUACGACCAUAUAGAGGAUUAUGCAGCUAAGAAUUGGUGCACGGACGAAGAUGAUAAACAAAGCAGUGAGUGGGAGAGAUGGCUGGGAGCCGAAGAUUAUCAGUGGAUUGGCUAUGGUUCUUUGGAAGACGAUGCUGAUGCCAGCUGGCCUCUUGUUUGGGAUUGGAAUGUAAGCAAUGAAUUGUAACCAUCAAAUUUGGCGUGCAAAGAGGAAGGACAUAGGAAAUAAAAACCAAAAAACAGGAAAAAAAAAAAACAAGUCCUCUUCCAAAAGCAAAUAUGGGAAGAGCGAUGAGGAGCGCGAUGAGUGUCGUGAUCCUUGUCGCGGCCGUGUUGGCGGCCUCAGCAGGGGCGAAGGUGGUCCACAACACGCCGAAGUCGGAACUGAGGAGGCGGACCACCCACCAAAAGCCCGCGGUAAUGCAGGCGGCGUACGUGCCGACCAUGAACCUGGAGCAGCAGGACUACCUGAAGGCGCACAACGAGUUCCGGGAGUUGGCGGGCAUGCCGGCGCUGGCGUGGGACGCGAAGCUGGCGGCGUCGGCGCACGAGUGGGCGGAGAAGCGGCGCGGGGACUGCGACUACCGCAGGCACUCGAACAGCCCCUACGGCGAGAACAUCUUCUACAUGAAGUACCGAGAGUUCUCGCCCAAGGACGUGGUGCAGUGGUGGUUCAGCGAGAGCAAGAUGUACGACUCGCGCCAGCUGCGGUGCCGCUGCGCCCCGGAGAGGGAGGGCUGCGAGUGCGGCCACUUCCUCAACGUGGUGUGGCGGGACACCAAGAGGGUCGGCUGCAGCGGCAACGUCUACUGCAACGAUCAGGGUGGUGUCUACAUCGUCUGCGAGUACGACCCGCCCGCGCUCUCUGCUGGAAAUCCCUUCACCCUCCACAACUAUUGAUUCCAUUCCUUUUCCCUUUUUUUUAGCAAUAUCAAUGUGAACACGAAUGGGAUUAAUUGGUUUAGGAUGCACUAAUCUUCAUCGAUUCUUUGUUUAGUAUUUUGCGGGGUGCUGUUUUUUUAAUCAGCUAGUGCUGAAUUUCUACUAAACAUUCUAGUAUUUGCUUUCGGUUUA